AACUGGUGGCUUUGAGGAGAAAUGCAUGGGAGUUUUCCCCUUAAAAAAGUAACAUACGCACAUGUGAAGAAUAUUAAACAGUAAUAUAUAAAUGGAAAACAAGCCAACUAACAACUUUUCUAGAGGCUCUGGACAGUCUUGUAUCUGCUCCUAGAAAUGUUUAUGUACACGUCUGAAAAGUGUGUGUGUGUGUGAGUGUGUGUGCGUGUGUGAGUGUGUGUGUGUGUGUGUGUGUGUGUAAUUUCAUUUGCUCUCGAGGGUUUUUUACUAAAGGGCAGACUUAUUUCUAUCUAGUGUCGAUUCUCUUUAAAAAACAUAACUUAUUUGAUGUAUUCAGAUAUGUGUAAGCCACUUCCUUUGAUGAAGACAGGCAGGUGGCCUUGCCUCAUUUGGGGAGGAGUUGCGUGAAGGCAGCGGGUGCCCUGGCUGAGCCCCGCACGGUAACCUCUUCUGUCUGUCUCUCCUGUAGGGACGGCCGUUGUCCUACAAGACAUUCUUAAUAUGGGUUUUGAUUAGCAUCUAUCAAGGGAGCACCAUCAUGUACGGGGCGCUGCUGCUCUUCGAGUCGGAGUUCGUGCACAUUGUGGCGAUCUCCUUCACGUCGCUGAUCCUCACGGAGCUGCUGAUGGUGGCCCUGACCAUCCAGACCUGGCACUGGCUCAUGACGGUGGCCGAGCUGCUCAGCCUGGCCUGCUACAUCGCCUCCCUGGUGUUCCUACACGAAUUCAUCGAUGUGUACUUCAUCGCCACUCUGUCCUUCCUGUGGAAAGUCUCUGUUAUCACCCUGGUCAGCUGCCUGCCCCUCUACAUCCUCAAGUACCUGCGCAGACGGUUCUCCCCGCCCAGCUACUCCAAGCUCACCUCGUAGGCUGUGUGUGCAGUGGCGGGAGUCUGGUCCCUGCUCUCCUGCCGGACAGAGUUCAGUCCCGUUCAUCCUGACCGCCCGAGGGCUCUGCAGGAGGGGCUGCACGUGUGGUGUGGACGAGAAGAGGCUCUGCCUGGAGUCCUGCCCGAAUACACGGGAGGGAGCCCCAAGGAGCCCGCGCGGCCCGUGUGAACCCCGUGGUUCUGCCUGGAGUGAAUGUGAAUGUGUCCCCGUGGGUGGCUCAGCCAAGAGAUUUAUACGCGGGUCGCUGUGCAAGCUUCCUUAUGACUUGAAUUUUGUUGUCACGUGAUAAAGUUUCUGUCUAGUUGGAGAUUGUA